GAGAGGGGGUGGCCUGGACCGCUUUCCAGAGAGCGAGCACACAGCCGGGCCGCUGAGAAGACGAGGGGCAGGCUCGGGCAGCUCCCCCGGCGGCUCUCGCGGUGAUAAAACUGGAGAAAUAACAAGGAGGGGCGGCUCGACGCCUCCAGAGUCCAAUCCCGUCUCAGGAGCGAACACGCUCUCGGGCAAGACAAGCCUGAAAGAGGCCCGGGCGAUUUAACGAGUAGCCGAGAGCAGCGCACCCGCGGCGCCCCUGCAUCUCGGCGGCCUCUGGUCUCCUGCAUCCCGCCGGGUGUCCGCACCCUCCCGUCCCCGGCCCCGCGCCCGGAUGGCUGCGCCUGGGCCCCGGAGCUCCCUGCGCGGAGCCCUCUGCAGGCAGCUGCUCCUGAUCCUUGUGGUUUUCAGUUUUGCUUGUGAAGCCUGCAAAAAGGAGAUAUUUAAUAUACCUUCCAAACUAGAGGCAGACAAAUUGAUUGGCAGAGUUAAUCUGAAAGAAUGCCUCAGGUCUGUAGACCACAUCCAGUCCAGUGAUCCUGAUUUCAGAGUUCUAGAAGAUGGGUCAGUAUACACAGCCCACGCUGUUGUAUUGUCUGAUGAGAAAAGAUUUUUCACCAUACGGCUCUCUGACACAAAGAAACAGACACAGAAAGAGAUUCUUGUGCUCCUGGAAUAUCAGAAGAAGGUAUUGAGGAAAAGACACACUAAAGAAAUUGUUCUCAGGCGUUCCAAAAGGAGAUGGGCGCCUAUUCCCUGCUCAAUGCAGGAGAAUUCCCUGGGACCUUUCCCCUUGUUCCUUCAACAGGUUCAAUCUGAUGCUGCACAGAACUAUACCAUCUUCUACUCCAUAAGUGGGCGUGGAGUUGACAAAGAGCCUUUAAAUUUGUUUUUCAUAGACAGAGACACUGGAAAUCUGUAUUGUACCCGGCCUGUGGAUCGUGAAGAAUAUGAUGUUUUUGAUCUGAUUGCCUAUGCGUCAACUGCAGACGGAUAUUCAGCAGACUUCCCUCUUCCACUGCCCAUCAGAGUGGAGGAUGAAAAUGACAACCAUCCUAUUUUCACAGAAGCAAUUUAUAAUUUUGAAGUUCCAGAAAGCAGUAGAAUCGGUACUACAGUGGGAGUGGUUUGUGCCACGGACAGAGAUGAACCGGACACGAUGCACACUCGCCUGAAGUACAGCAUUUUGGAGCAGACGCCGAGAUCACCUGGGCUGUUUUCUGUGCAUCCCAGCUCAGGUGUGAUCACCACAGUCUCUCAUUAUUUGGACAGAGAGGUUGUAGACAAAUACUCAUUGAUAAUGAAAGUACAAGAUAUGGAUGGCCAAUUUUUUGGAUUGAUGAGUACUGCAACUUGCAUCAUAACAGUAAAAGAUUCAAAUGACAAUUUGCCCACUUUCAAACAAAAUGCUUAUGAAGCAUCAGUCGAGGAAAACACAGUCAAUGUGGAAAUCCUAAGAAUACCUAUAGAAGAUAAGGAUUUGAUUAACAGUGCCAAUUGGAGAGCCAAUUUUACUAUUUUAAAGGGCAAUGAAAAUGGACAUUUCAAAAUCAGUACAGACAAAGCAACUAAUGAAGGUGUUUUGUCUGUCAUAAAGCCACUGAAUUAUGAAGAAAACCAUCAAAUGGUCCUGGAAAUUGGAGUGACCAAUGAAGCUCCAUUUACUAGAGAUGUUGCACUCAGGAUGACAACCAUGAACAGAGCCAUGGUCACAGUUCAUGUGAAGGAUCAGGAUGAAGGGCCUGAAUGCAGCCCUGAAGUCCAGUAUAUACGGAUUAAAGAAAACUCUGCAGUGGGUUCAAAGAUCAAUGGCUAUAAGGCAUAUGACCCUGAAACUAAAAGUGCCAGUGGUUUAAGGUACAAAAUAUUGCAUGAUCCUAAAGAGUGGAUCACCAUUAAUGAACGUUCAGGCUCAGUAGAGACUUCCAAAAUCUUGGACAGGGAGGUUAUAACUCCCAGAAAUGAGUUGUAUAAUAUUACAGUCAUGGCACUAGAUCAAGAUGGUAGAUCAUGUACUGGAACCCUCGCAGUGAGCAUUGAAGAUGUGAAUGAUAAUCCACCAGAAAUACUUCAAGAUUACCUAGUCAUUUGCAAAACAAACAUGGAGUAUGUUGACAUUUCGGCUAUUGAUCAUGACGAUUCCAGCAACGGUGCUCCAUUUUACUUCAGCUUGGCAAACACUUCUCCAGAAAUCAACAGACUAUGGACGAUCACCAGAGUUAAUGAUACAGCUGCCCGUCUUGCAUAUCAGAAAAAUGCCCAAUUUCAAGAAUAUUUCAUUCCUGUUGCUGUAAAAGACAGAGCAGGGCUAUCUGCAACAAAAACCUUGAGAGUGAACCUCUGUGAUUGUACUAACCCCGUUCAAUGCCGGGCUGCUGCGCGGAGUGCGGACGUGAUACUUGGCAAAUGGGCGAUCCUUGCCAUACUUCUGGGCAUAGCACUACUUUUCUCUAUAUUGCUAACUUUAGUAUGUGGAGUUAUUAGUGCCAGAAAUAAAAAAGGUUUUCCUGAAGAUUUGGCCCAGCAAAAUCUAAUUAUAUCAAACACAGAAGCACCUGGAGAUGAUAAGGUGUGUUCUGCCAAUGGGUUUAUGACCCAGACAGUCAACAACGCUAACCAGGGCUUUUGUGGUACUAUGGGAUCUGGAGUCAAAAAUGGAGGGCAGGAAACCAUUGAAAUGGUGAAAGGAGGACACCAGACCUUGGAGUCAUGCCAUGGGGCCGGGCAUCAUCACACCCUGGGCUCCUGCAGAGGAGGCACUGUUGAGAUGGAGAACUCCAGAUACACUUACUCCGAGUGGCAAAAUUUCACUCAACCCCGUCUUGGUGAAAAAUUGCAUCUGUGUAAUCAGGAUGAAGAGCAUAUGCCAUCACAAGAUUACGUCCUUACAUACAACUAUGAAGGAAGAGGGUCUCCAGCCGGUUCUGUGGGUUGCUGCAGUGAAAAGCAGGAAGAAGAUGGUCUUGACUUUUUAAAUAAUUUGGAAGCCAAAUUUACUGCCUUAGCAGAAACAUGCACAAAGAGAUAAUUUACAGUGUUGCAAUUAGACAUGUCUUUGUCAGAUUCAUCUUUCUAAAAGAGAUAUUGUACAAUUCAAUUUAUUUCUAUAUAUCUAGCAAUAUAUAGAUGUUAUGAAUA